AUGAGUAGGUUCAGGUUCAGCAGUAAUUCUAUAUCAAAGCUGAAAGCCCAAGCUAGACAAUAUGCAAAGGACUCGAUGGCCAAUGAUUUCCAGCUUUCAAGGGUGGAGGUUGUUUCGGCACUUAUAAGUAGAGCUCUCGUCGAUGUUGAUCAACAUAGACGCGGCGAACAAAGGGUUUUCGUAGUUUAUAUGACGGUUAAUUUGCGCAGGAAAAUCAAUCUAGCAAUACCCGCUAAUUCUUGUGGCAAUCUCUUUGCCUUGAUGUUUGCACGAUCCGAUCCACCCAUAGUCGGCGAAAGCAAGUUGGAGUUUAAUGGGAUGGUGAAUUUAAUCCGCCACAUGAUAGCGGACGCCAAAACAAAAUAUGCAAUGGUAGGUGACGGUGAGGAGCUCUGCUCAAUGGUGGGCACUUCUCUAACCGAAUUAGCCAAAACUUGGUGCACAGGCGAAGAGUGUCUGAUUAAUUUUACUAGCUGGUGCCUGUUCAGGCUGUAUGAGAAUGACUUCGGGUGGGGAAGGCCGGUUCUCGUCUCCAACACACCAGUGAAUUUAGGAUCGAUUGUUCUUAUUGACGACGAAGAAAGCGGAGGAAUCGAUGCGUGGAUAACCGUCAAUGAAGAUGAGAUGAUUCUUCUUAAACAAGAUCCGGAAAUUCUGGCGUUCACUUCCUAG